AGUCGCGUGCCCAUCACUUCGGUUGGGUGGGACUUUCACUCGCUGUUGUUCAGUUCUCCUCAAUGGAUGCCAACAUCUUUGUUUGCUCGCAGACACGACACACAAUCAAACAUAAAACGUUUCUUUCAGCAUCGGAUAUAAAGAGAAGCUCGCGGGAGACGUAUGGCGUAGAUGCACUGGAUUUGGACGUGACCCGAUGAAACGAGGACAUCUCGUUAGGAUUGUGUUUAGAUGAAUCCAGAUGUGCUGAAUGGCCGUCAGACAUUCAGAGGGCAUCAUCUCUCUGUUUACAUACACACUGCCUUGCAUAUAAAGGGACCAAACGAGGGGAUUGAUGCACCCAUUCCAGUGGUGCAACGGGUGCUUCUGCGGUUUGGGACUAAUCUACUCCAAUAAGACCUGCACUAUGCCAUCUGUAACCUUCCAGGACCUGCCACUCAAUAUCUAUAUGGUUAUCUUUGGCACAGGGAUCUUUGUAUUUGUACUGAGCCUCAUAUUUUGCUGCUAUUUCAUAAGUAAAUUGAGACAUCAAGCCCAAAGUGAACGCUUUGGAUACAGAGAGAUCAUCUUAAAAGGAGACCCAAAGAAGCUGAAUCUUCAUGGGCAGACGUGUGCUGUGUGCUUAGAGGACUUUAAGGUGAAAGAUGAGCUGGGAGUGUUGCCAUGCCAACAUGCCUUUCACAGAAGGUGUGUGGUUAAGUGGCUGGAGGUUCGCUGUGUUUGCCCCAUGUGUAAUAAACCUCUGGCCGGCUCCUCCAAUCAGCAUCAGAGCAUAGGAACUUUACUGGAUGAGCUGGUCUAACACAGAGAAACUUCUGGAAAAGGACUCGAAACUGCCAUCGGACAUUGCGUGCCCUUCUUUCUUUGGAGUUUUGUUACAUAUAGAUAAGCAGCCUGGCAGUGUUUUUUCUGCUACUGUAUGAUAUGACUGUGCACAUCACAGGAGCUAGUGUCAGAAAUCAAAGCUCAUAUUACAUAAAUAUGAAUAUUACAUAAAUAACUGCUAGAGUUAAAUAUCAUAAACUCUAAUUUUAAAGAUAUUUCAUAUAGGAAUAUAUAAAUGGAGACCGGGCUGUCAAGCUCAUAAAUGACAAAAAGCACCACAAAAUAGGAAGGUUCAAAUGCUGUUAUAUUAUAAACAGACAUUUUAAGGUUAGUAACCUGACACGCAUAUGAGUUUGAAACAAUGUAAAUGGAGACAUGGGAGCUGGUAUUGCAAACUGUCAGAGGAGAAAAGUUGUAAAAUUCAAGUCUGUAAUUUAAGCUUUAAAACUAAAAGUAAAUGCAGUAGAUAGGACAGCUUGAAACUGAGAAAUCCCUCAUCAUUACAGAGACUGAACGUAACUUUUAGCAUUCCAACACUGAACGGUGCACUCGGCCCAAAGGACUUUUUCCACAUUGGUGUGUGUUUUUGUGUGUUUUACAGAUAUCAUUAGUGGUGAUGGAUUGGAUGUCUUGUCCAGACAUAUAGUAGAAUUUAUGUGCACAAAUCAUUGACCCUCUUAAAGGGAUAGUUCACCCCCCCGGUCAUAAUUUUCUCAUCCUUAUGUUUUUUAAUAUGAAUUUCUUUAUUCUGUUGAACACAAAAAUAGAUAAUUUUAUAAACGAUUGUAAGCACAGAGUUGAUGGUACCUAUUGACAUAGUAUUUAUUUUUAUUACUAUGGAAGUCAAUGGGUGCCGUCACUCAUUCGUUUAUCAAAAAAUCUUCUUUUGUGUUCAACAGAAUAAAGAACCGAUGAGGGUGAGCAAAUGAUGAAAGAAAUGUUUUUACAUUUUCGGGUGAAUGAUCCCUUCAAAAGAUUUACAGCAAACACUACCACUGUUCCUAAGAAAUAGACUGUCAGUAAAAACACAAGUGUCUUUCUUUUUGUAUUUCACUUAUUUGGAUUUGUUUACUGUAAUAUGGUUGCUAUUGUUACUAAACCUGCAGUGUUAGUUAAUAUUUUCACAUGGGUAAAUAAGAAAGAUGUUCCUUUAAUAGGAGUAUAUUUCAUCAUUUUUUCUUUGUGUGUGCACGUGUUUUUAUGCCAGACAUUGUUCAAAGCAUUUUGGAGAAAAAUGUUAAAAUGUCAAAGCCAAAAACGUUUUUAUAACAUU